AUGGCGAGCAGUACGACCUCGAAGCCUCCGGAUGACCCUCCCUCCCAUCCGCUCGGCUCGCCCACCAGCUUUCGGAACCGACGCGGUUCCUUCGCCUCCAUUUCUGGCAGCUCCACCAUCGACAAGGAGCAGCUUGCCCAGGCUCUCGACCAGAUACACACGUCGGCGAGCCGCUGCGACUCCCUCACGACCUUCAACGACUUUGCUCCUCCCCCGGAAGGCAUCCCUACCUCGGAGAGUCGUGGCACGGCCGGUGAGCUUGUCCAACAUGGCCUCAGCGGGUUGUAUAGCCGCUUUCGGGAGGCCGUCGGAGGUGGUAGUCCGACCAAGGCGGCCCCGAAAGAGACCGCUGAAUCGGCGGCCGAGUCCGCUCCAAAGCGCACAUCGACUGUCGACGGUCAUUCCUCGCGCCCGUCCAUAUCUUCGCUGCACCGCGGUGACACCGCCGCGACCAUUACCUCCCUUUCAUCGCAACCCAACCCGACGACGGAUGUGUCAUCGGCCGUCUUCACCUCGGCGCAGGCGCCACAGUCGUCCAAGGCGACGAGCAUCAGUCUCAUGUCAGGCCAGAAGUCAUUCGGCUCCAGCCGCCAGAGCCUGCCGACAAAGGCCACCAGCGCCGUCACCGCCGACCCCAUGAUCACUGCUCCCGCCCCCUUGCACAGAGAUGCCAGUCGCAGCACUAUUCGAACCGAGGACAGCGGGCCGGGAUCCAGCCGGAGGAGCCUUAGCAAGGUGGAAAUGCAGGCGCGCAUAUCCCCGGCCGAUUCCUCGUCCAGCAUCUACGACCCAAAGGAGGGCAAGCUUCCACCGAGGGCCGGACGGGACGACACCUCUAGUAUUGACGACAGUGUCGACUCGCCUUUGAGCCCUGUCAAAUCAGCCGCCCCCGUCAUGCCAACCAUUCAAACGAGGCACAUCCGCAGUCCAUCCAACAGCUCCUCGCUGCUCUCGCCGGAUGGCGUGCGGCGAAAGCCGGCCGUCAUUGACAGAAUCAGUCGAUCCAGGUCGCCGAGGUAUCCAGGAUCUAGAGAGUCGUCUCUCGACCGCGGAACCGCGGAACCCAGCCCGAUAAUCACGUCCGCCCAUAACGUUGUUUUUCACGACUCCUUCACCCAGGACUCGCAUGCCUACAAGGGCCAGUCCGGAAACCUCCGCAUUCCCGGAACCGUCGCGGGUGAGGAGAGAGCAUCCGAGCAGAUGAAUGCCCAGCUCGACAAGAUGCGGAGGCAGGUGCUGAGCAAAGAGUUUUGGAUGAAGGACGACACGGUCAAAGAGUGUUUCCUCUGCCAGACGCCCUUCACAGCAUUUCGGCGAAAGCACCACUGCCGCACAUGUGGGUGCAUUUUCGACUCCAAGUGCACGACAGUCGUGUCUGGUGAGAAGUUUGGCGUGCAGGGAUCCCUGAGAGUGUGCAAGAACUGCCUCGAGGUUAUCAGCCGGCGGUUCGACGGCAGCGGAUCCGACGACUCGGCAGACGAGCGCUCCUUUAUGCCUAAAAUAUUUGGCCCAAAUCACUCGAAAGGCUCCAGUAGCACGAGUCAAUUACGGCCCAAGAGUCAAGACCCGACACUGGGAUCAGAGGGCUCCGAGGACUCGAGGCCGGUAUCGACGCCCAUGAUGGCUAUCCCGGCUACGCGUCGUGUCAAGGAUGCAAACCGCUCCUCUGCCAUCUUGGAAAUCGAUGCGCCCCAGCUGAGUCGACCGGGUUCGUCUCGCUCCCUCAAGUCAUUAGCCGCAGGCCGGCCGCAAUCCUCUGCGGGGCACAAGAGACACCACUCCAAGCAUGGAUUCCUUGGACGCUUCAAGGCCCCUGCCCUAGAGGAAGCUGCACCCUUUCGCAAGGGAAUAGCUGAUGACAACGCCAAAAGACCAAAAUUUCCUGCAUUUCACGACGACAACAUUAUUGACCCGGAGCUAGCCGACUACAUGUCGGACGACUCAAGUGCGGAUGAGCAAGUAAACAGCAUUUUCCAGACCAUGGGCGCGUCGGAAAUGCACCCGUCAAGCUUCGAAAACGACAAGAGCGGUUUCGCGCCCUACGUAAAUGCCAGAAAGCAUCGCCAUCGGCACGGAGAGAAGAGCAUCAGCGGCAUGAGCUACGUCAGCAGAGGUCCAUACGAUGACAACGGCCCCCUCAGUCUCAUGAGCCACCGGAGGUCAGCAAGACGACGGAAUCUAAGCAACGUAAGCGGGAGUGUCCAUCACCUCGGCUCGCCUCGACCAAAAUCCGCGGUGUAUAAGGGGCCGUCGGCUUCCUCCGAGAUGCUUUUCCCUCUCGACCAGAGCCAGUUGAAGUCGCAGGUAACCAGGAGCGACUCGCUGCGGAGGAGGCCAAAGGCACCGAGAGAAGAGCUCAAUCAGUCCAGCCUGAAGCAUGUGGACAAACUGCUUCAUCAGCUGCUAACGGAUGCGGAAAUACCUAACCCUGCGGCGUGGAAGAAGGCGCUCGUCCCAAUACUGUUGCAGCUGACGGACGAGGUGACACCUGAUAUCUCCAAAGGAGAGGACAUGGACAUCAGGCACUACGUCAAGCUAAAACGGAUUCCCGGCGGCAAGCCAGGGGACACGGCCUACGUGUCGGGCGUCGUCUUCACCAAGAACCUUGCUCUCAAGAGCAUGCCGCGCCGCAUCAUGAACCCGAGAAUCGUGCUCGUCAGUUUUCCGAUCGAAUAUCAGCGCCACCAACAGCAAUUUAUGAGCUUGCAGCCUGUAAUCGAGCAGGAAAAGGAGUUUUUGCGUGUCGUGGUGCAGAGAAUUACAAAUCUCAGACCGCACGUGCUUCUGGCUCAAAAGGGUGUCUCCGGCAUAGCCUUGCAGUAUCUGUCAGAGGCCAACAUCUCCGUGGCAUACAACGUUAAGGACACUGUCAUCGAGGCCGUUGCCCGAUGUGCCGAGGCCGAGAUCAUUGAGUCUUUGGAUAUGCUGGCUUUGCCAGUGCGGGUCGGCAAGUGCUCAGCCUUUGAGGUCAGAACGUUCGUCAACAACGACUACCCUGGCCGGAAGAAGUCAUACAUCUUCCUGUCUGGGUGCCGGCCGGAGCUUGGUUGUACCAUCGCCUUGCGAGGCGCAAGCAGCACCUUGCUGAGCAAGUUGAAGACUGUCAUGGAGUUCAUGGUCUAUGUUGUCUACAACCUGAAGCUGGAGUCGAGUCUCUUGCGGGAUGAAUCCGUUGAAGCCCCCGACGCCGCUGAUAGCUCCAUGUCGAGCUCGGUACAAGCACUCAACGACAGUUUCAGAUCCCUCAGCUCGGCCAGUGCCACGGAUGGCAGCAAAGCCGGGCCGACGAUGGUUAUCAACCACCCGUCCAGCGAGAGCGAGCCUCCGUCGCAAGUGACAAUUGAGAGCUCUAGUCUGGGUGGUGUCGAGGAUGGCGAAUCAAGUCAACCAGGCCACACUGCCCCUGAGAGGCCAACGCUCAUUCCCAUGCACGAGCAACACAGCCACGCCUCGCAGGACAGCCAAGUACCCGACGACGUACCCAUGCCGACCUUUUACAGCGACAUGGUCGCCAAGUACGAGACGAAGAUCCUCUCAGCAUCGCCUUAUACCAAGUUCAAGCAGCCAUACCUUUUGAUGAGAGCACGUGAACAGGAAAGACGCCUUCUGUAUCUCAAACGCCUGCGCGAUCAAGAUGCCGUCGAAGAGGAUUCGGAAAAAUCUGGACCGCAGAAGUUUCAACUCAUCAAACCCGAGAUGGUUGAGAAAAUUGGUCAACAGGCACCUCGACAGAUCAUGGAAGUCUUGCAUGCAGUGCACGAUGCCGAGUACGACAAGGCCCUGUUCAACUACCAGACCCAGACCCGUCAAUGGGAGACGUACAUCCAGGGCAAUCUAGACCUGUUUGAUCCUUACUCACACCAGAACAUCGUCGUCCUGUACUCAGUCAUUUGCACUGAAACCAAAAUACCUUGCAUCGAGCCCAACUUGCUGGCCAUCAACUUCUAUGACGAGCAGCACGUGUACACGGGGAUGGAUCCGGACUGCACCCUCGGCCAGUACAUUGAAGAUUUGGCCUACGGCAAGACGGACGUUUGCGAGUCCAACGGCUGCGAUAAGAAAAUGGGAGAGCACCAUCGGACAUAUGUGCACGACCAGUAUCGCAUCACCGUAUUCGUCGAAACCGUGGCAAACGGAAGCCCAAAGCGCAAGGAUCUCGGCGAUGGCAUCACGAUGUGGACGUAUUGCAAGCUCUGCAAGAAGGACUCUGACGAGACGGCCAUGUCGGAGACAACGUUCAAGUACUCGUUUGGCAAAUAUCUCGAGCUGCUUUACUGGGGCCGCGGUCUCAAGAUGAAGGACGUGGUUGACUGCACACACGACCACCACCAAGAACACGUCCGGUACUUUGGGCUGGGCGACUCCCGCAUCCGCAUCCAUUUGGACCCGAUCGAUCUGCUUGAGAUUGUUGUACCUCGAGCCAGGAUUACGUGGAAGGUGGUCAAUGACCUUAAGCUCAAGAAUGAGAUCUUCACCAAGAUGGAAGAGCGCUGGAACAAAUUCAUGGGAUCCGUCAAGGCCAGGCUCAAGAGCAUCCGGAUCGACAGCGUCUUGCCUGAAAAGGCGGAAUCAUGCAAGGCCGAGCUCGAUCAACUGAUGAAAAAGGCCUUGGAAGAACAGUCAGCCAUGGUCCGUCAACUGCAGCAGGUAUACGUCGACUCAAAGUACUACGAGGUCGUGCCGUUCAACAGCCUUAUUCGCGAGAUGCUGGAGAAGGCUGGCGAGUGGGACCAAGCCUUUGCAAAGUUCGAGGCCGACUUCCUUGGCGACAAAGACAUGCGCCAGUUGACGAUGAUGCAACUGAAGAAGAUGUUUGCAGACAACGAAUCGAAAGAGUCACUGACGUCGACGGAAGGGCCUGGGUCGACUACGGACAGCGACGAGCGACCAUCCCAGACGUUCACUGAUCCGGAGGACAAGAGCACGCAGCCCACCGAGUACACCGAGAUCAACAUGGAGGCAAGUGCCGAGUCUGCCAAACCGGCUGAGACGAUAGGAGAGGGCAAAGCCACCAUUGACGACGAUGGGAAGGUUCACAUCCCUGCCGAGGGUGUCAUUGAGCGAGUCGAGCCCCUCGAUCUUGCCGGCUCCCCAACGGCCAUCAGGGCGCCACCUCCGACACCUCUGUCCCCUCUUCCCUCUGGCAGCGAGGCCUUUUCCAAAUCGCCGAGUCCUCCUCAACUCGCUGAAGGCGAUUCUCAGUCGUCUGCAUCCUCAGCCGGCACGGCUCGCACCCCAACGGACUCUUCAGUGUCAGGCCAGUCCUUGUCAGAGAGGGUUGACCAGAUGCGCCGCGAACAGGCCCUCCAGGCGGCAGGGAGCCUAGAAGGAGGCGUGGGGACCAGUGAGCUUCCGAGGCCGGUGCCUGACCGCGGGCCGCCUCGAAAGUCUGGGUCGAACAUAUCACCGCCCUUGGUUCGAGCCAUAUCGCAUCCGGCGCGGCCACUUCCCCGGGGGACAUCUGCAAUCGCAAAGCCCCUGAGUGGCAAGGACAUCAAGCCCGUUGUCGCAGAGUCUCAUACUGAGCAGCAUCCGGAAGGGUCUAUCAAGGUGGAUAAGAAGCUCUCUGAUCGACUCGGCCUGACUGCCCUGAAGAACCGCUCUAAGGGGACGACGUCUGGAAUCCCGAGACUUGUGCACAAGAAGAGAGAGUCCAAGGUUUCGACGUUGGCGAGGCACUUUGAGCAGCUCAGCCGCGAGUUUGAAAAGGAGCGCAUUCGUGAUCGCAAGGAACGCGCGGCCAGCCUCCGACAGCCUCGAGCGAGACUCCCAAGGACGUCGACCAAGGCCAUUGUGCAAGUCUACGACGAUGUGAAUGAGGCCUUUGAAGAACCUUCUGCGUCAACUGAAACUAUUCCAGAAGCGCAGCCGGAGCCGAAACAGACGGGCAACGCGCCUAUAGUUGCUCCUAACGUCCCUAGAUCGGAAGCACAGACCGAGCCACCGCCGUCGGUGGAGAAUGACUCGAAACCAGGGAGUCAGCAGGCGACCGAAGAGCCCGACGAGGCCAGCAAUGUGAACACGAGCCAGGCUGUAUCGGAUGACGAGGGCGCGACAAGCGAUGCCGAAGCUUCUGUGCCGGAAGAGUUUCUUCCUGAUAUCAAGGAGAUUGCCGAUGCGCUUGAGCCUAGCACCGAGAUACCCUUGGAACUGCCCAAGCAUCAGAAGACUAGCUUGAUGAAGUACCUUACCAACUUCUGGGCAGAGAGAUCCGCCAGUGGCUGGCCACCCCUCGAAUACCCCGUCAACCCGACUGAUCACAUCUUUGUCGACUCGGAUAUCAUUGUGCGAGAAGAUGAGCCGAGCUCUGUCAUUGCACUGGCCCUCAACAGCGACGACUACCAAGACAAGCUCGGCACAAUCAGGCUCGAGGCUCAGCAGACGAUGCAGAGGGAGAGCGAACCGCCAGGCGAUGUCGAGCCGAAGUCGUUGCCAGUGUCGGACAGCGCCGACAUGGCCGUGGAUGAGACGGAGCUGGAGAUGAGUCUGCUGCGUGUCACCGGAACGCACCUGAAGUAUCAGUUCAAGGAGGGACCAGCCGUCAUGACAUGCAAGAUCUUCUACGCCGAGCAGUUCGACGCUUUGCGGCGCAAGUGUGGUGUGGCGGAGCGAAUCAUCGAGUCUCUGUCCCGUUGCUUGAAGUGGGAUUCUAGGGGUGGCAAGACUAAGUCAGUCUUUUUAAAGACUCUCGACGACCGGCUGGUGCUCAAGUCUCUUUCGCCGGUUGAAACGUCGGCGUUCCUGCGGUUUGCCCCGGGAUACUUUAGCAUAAUGGCCGAGGCACUGUUCCACGAUCUGCCUUCGGUCAUUGCAAAAAUGCUGGGCUUCUUCCAGGUCAUCAUCAAGAACCCCGUGACCGGAACUGACACAAAGCUCGACCUUCUCAUCACGGAAAACCUGUUCUACGAUCGAUCGCCAACUCGAAUCUUCGAUCUCAAGGGGUCUAUGCGCAACCGCAAGAUCCAGUCCACAGGAGAGCAGAAUGAGGUGCUACUGGACGAGAAUAUGGUCGAGUACAUUUACGAGUCUCCGCUGUUCGCGAGAGAGCAUUCCAAGAAACUUCUUAGAGCGUCGGUGUGGAAUGACACGCUCUUCCUCGCGCGGCAGAACGUGAUGGACUACUCUCUCAUGAUUGCCGUGGACGAGGAGAGAAAGGAGUUGGUGGUUGGCAUCAUUGACUGCAUUAGAACAUACACUUGGGACAAGAAGCUGGAGAGCUGGAUCAAGGACCGCGGCUUCGCAGGAGGCGGCCGCAACAGGCCGACGGUGACGAGUCCCAAGGAGUAUAAGUCGCGAUUCCGCGAGGCAAUGGCGCGAUACAUCCUGCAGUCGCCCAACUGUUGGCAUCUUUUCAACAACCCGCAGUACCCCGUCUACUACGGGCGAGCACGAUUUGAAGAGCCUGAGGCUCAGGCACAGUAA